GCUGGAAAAGGCGACCAAGCCGUCGACACCCCAUCUCCACAUGCAGCUCCACUCCUCUCUAUCUCUCCCUGUCCCUCUCGCCUUCUCCCUUUCUCCAUCUCCUCUCCACCCACCCGCCCCUCACUCGCAAACACUCAAUCCACAUGGGCUGCAAUCAGAGCACCCAGAAGGGUGCGCAAAUGCCCCGACCAUCAUCGGCCCUGUUCCAGUCUCUGCCUUUGAUGGAAGCUGACCACAUUAGCCCCUUCCCUUGGCUCUCCCACUGGCCUCUCGCGACACACAGGCACCACUCCCUCGGCCCAUGCGGGUGGGGGCGAAGGGGGGCGUGCCCGAUCCGGCACCACCGUCGGCCUCCCGGCCUCGCAGACCACCGCCAUGGGCGUGGCCUCAAUAAACCGUCCGCCGGUUUCCAACAUGGACGGCAUCGCUGCAUCUUACACCGAUCGGCGGACAGGAGAUGCCGACUUCUUGAGGAACCUCGUCGCCCAGACAUCCAAUAAAUUCAUGGAAGCUGUCCAAACCCAGGAAGACAUGCCACUGGCGCCCCAGCCGCCGGCCCCUCCGGCCCAGACACUGAUCAGCUUCGAUCCACUCCCGCCAAAUGCUUUGGUGGCCCAUGGACCGGUUCGCUACCAGCACUCGCAUGGCCUGGCAUACUCGCAUCAUGGGCAUGCGCAUGGGCAGCCGGCCCUCCUUGAGAUCGCCGUCAGUCUCGACCUGGCGGCCCGCUUUAACUCCGCCCUGGCCACCUCGGUUGCCCCGUCCAAGGACGCGGAUUUCCUGAGCAUUGCCCCGGCUACUUCCCAGCAGGCCGCGCCGCUGGACCCCUCUCGCUCGGACCUCAUGGCCACCGAGAUGGACUUCAUUGCCCUUGACGAUGCCAUUGGCCGGAUCCUCCAGGCAGCCAACUCAUCGCCAAACGCGCAUCACACCUCGGCCCCCGCACUCUGGCACGUUGAGACAGGGUCGCCUUUGGUGGUGCAGAUGCCGGACCUAUUUUAGUGCGGAGAGGGGCCCACCCACAGUGUGUGUGUGUGGCCGUUGGAGAGGCGUGAGGGCUCAAUGGACUCCAGUCAGGCAGUUCCAUCCUGCGGGUGCUCCCCCCCCCCCUUCUUCAUGCCUCCCCAGCCUCCUCCUACGCUUGCCCUUGAAAAUAUAUACACACGCGUGUCGCGCAACUGAAGCAUGCACUGGGAGCCCACUUCUUCCUCCUCUUCACUCCCAGCUUCGGAGCCCAGCCAUACGCGCCCAAGCCCAA